GUUUGGACGUCGCGACGUGCGGAAGCCGGUUGCUUGGAUUGAAAACGAUUUCGAUUAAACUGGCGACGUUGGAGAAGCACAGGUGUCUGCAACAAGUUUACUUUUGAUCGACGUUAGUUCUGUUCUUGGCCAGCAGAGUGAUUUCGACGACGAAGCGAGAUAGCGCGCGCAAAGUAAACAGCAACCCGCACAAAUCUGUCUAAUUAAUUACCGCAUCACUAUCAAGUGGGUGCAAUUAAAAUUAAAUAAAAAUUGUUCGUUCAAGUCGCGCAGCUCAUCGAGAACGAGGAAGCCCGACUGGGAGAGAGAGUGAGGGAGAGUAUGUGAACCGGGGAGUGAUUUGUUGUCUUAUUUUUAAUUAAGAGCUCCGGAGCGAUAACCACAUGGUCGAGGUCUGGCGGGAUUGCAUGUGAAUAUUGUUUCCAUGAAUGAAACUCCCGAAAGUGGGGAAGAUCAUCAUCAUUUGCCUGGAAGAAGUCAGCUGAGUGAGUGCAUAUCACUGUGUCAACUAGCAAAAACAACGACAAAAGCUUAUAAUUAUUCAAAUAUUUAACUUUUCAAAGCGAGAUAAAUAACGACGCACUGGAGUGCUUGGAAUGCUCCCUGCAAGUGUCAGGCAGUAGGCGAUGAAACAAGUGCUGAAAUUUAUGGGUGUUUAGCAACAGCACAGUAGUAGGCCGCGAAGAAUCGUCAAGAAGGCGAGCGAGCAAGCAAAAAAACAACGGCCAACGGAAGAAUUUGCUCAAAAAGAAGAUAUCACUUUCCGGCGAGUUAUUUUAAUUAGAAAACGCAACCGGCAGCAAACAACACUCGAAAGCAGUGGCAUUUGAAUUGCAGCCGCAGUUCAAGAAAAAAAAGUGCAAUUUAAACACACAACUGUAACUACCGACAGCCAGAAGUGCAGCAGAAAGAGGCAUCAGUGUGAAAUUUGAGAAGUUUGAAGUCGAGUGAGUUUAGUGAGUGAGUGCUAAGGAAAACAAAAAGGUGCAACACGGUGGGAAAGUAGUGUUGUGUAAUUCGAUCAUUAGCAGGCAUUGAAGUAGCAGAAGAAGGCGGAUUCCAAUCGAUUGGACGAGUAGGCGAGAAAAGCAGGCGGAAGGAAUUUUGCAACCCGGCAACCGUUAACCGUUGGAUCCUGCGGCCAAGAUAGUUGCCGACAGCAGUUACUUAUCCCAGAUGAUGACGACAGCUCUUUUAUUCCAUCUACAGAAGCUCCAAUAAAUGUUUUCAAAAAUCAAUUAUUUUUCAAAAUUGGAACCAAAUCAAGAUACGGUUUAGUUGUACCAUUCGAUAAUUACAAAAGACAUAUUUUCAUUGAACCUAGAUUCUCAAGAGAUUUUUUGAAACAACAACUUAAGAAAUAUUUAAAUCCAAAUGUUAUAAAUGGUAUUUAUACAGAUGAACCUAUUAUGGGUGAAAUUCAAGAAAUUUUUAAAGAAACGUUUAAUCCUAGAUUGAUGAAAGUCAGAUAUUCUCAAAUCAAAGUUCAAGAUUUAAAUAACCAGGAAAACCAAUUAGAAGAAAUAAAAAAGAUUCAUCAAUUCGCUCAUAGAAAUGCAAAAGAGAAUGCAGAACAACUUUUGAAACAUUAUUACUUUCCUAAAAUGACAAAAAUGGUUGAACAAUUUGUAAACACGUGUGAUAUAUGUAAAACAGAAAAAUAUCAAAGAAAUCCACAGAAAUUUAUACCAUUCAAAACACCAAUUCCAACUUAUCCAUCUCAAAUAAUUCACAUAGAUAUUUUCACAUAUGAUCAAGAUAAUUUGUUUUUGACUUCAAUAGAUAAAUUUUCAAAAUAUUUGAAAUAUAAAGCAAUUGAAAGUAAAUCACUUCUUGAUAUAGAAGAUGCCUUAUUAGAUUUGAUACACGAAUGGAACAUACCAAAAACAAUUAUUAUGGACAAUGAAAGUUCUUUCAACUCAAAUAUUAUUGAACAGCGGUUAAGAGAUUUGAAUAUUGAAAUUUAUAAAACUCCUAUAAACAGAUCAGAGACGAAUGGACAAAUUGAACGUUGUCAUUCGACUUUAAGGGAAAUAGCAAGAUGUCUUAAAAAAGAGACACCUCAAAUAGAUAUACCACAAUUGAUUCGUUCAUCAGUUUACAAAUAUAAUAACACUAUACACAGUUUUGUAAAAAACACGCCACACAAUAUUUAUAUCGGUGAAACGAACCAAAAUUUGGAUGAACAGGAAAUAGCCAGAAGAAAAACUAAAAGUCACGAGAAAAUUUUGAAUUUAUAUAACGAAAAAAAUGAGAAAAUAUUAGAUAAACAAUAUCCAAAUUUUCAACCAGGAUCUUAUGUAUUUGAAAAAGCGAAAGAAAUUUCUAAAAGAAAAAGUAGGUAUAAAAAGAUUCAAGUUAAAGAAGAUUUCGACACAUAUAUUAUUGAUUCAAAUAACCGUAAAAUUCAUAAAAUGAAUAUCAGAAAAAAAUAACACAUUAAUUUUUAUUCUUUUAUUUUUAGAACAAUUCUUGUUUACACGAUGUACAGCCAUGUGGAAUCAACUAUCAGAAUACACGACUUGAAUAAAAAUCCUUUAGCCAUCAUACCCAUAGGAAAAGCCAAACUUCAAUUAGGACAUGUAAGAAUAAUCCAACCAGUUAAUUUCACAUACUUUGAAGACAUAAUUGAAAAUUUUGAUGAGAUGUUAAGAACUAAUAAACUAAGUGGAAAAUUGUAUCAAGUAUUGAAGAAAAAACAUGCACAUUUGUAUAACACUUAUUAUAAACUAAAACCUAAUGUUCAUCGAAGAAAACGUUGGGAUAGUCUAGGCACUGCAUGGAAAUGGAUAGCAGGAAAUCCAGAUGCUGAAGAUCUAAGGAUUAUCAACCAAACGAUGAAUAAUUUGAUCGGAUAUAACAAUCAACAAGUUUUUGUCAACAAUGCUAUGGAUACAAGGAUUCAACAAAUCAGCAAAAUUACAAACGACCUUCUUGAACUGGAUUUCAAAACAAAAUUACAACAUGAAGUGGAAAUGAAUAUACUUAUUGCGAUACUCAAUAUAGAUGCUGUACAAAAUCAACUAGAAGUUUUGGAAGAUGCGAUAUUACUAGCGAAACAUGGUAUUCCAAGCAGCAGAAUUUUGUCAAUGACAGAAUAUGCCAAAAUAAAACCAUUUUUAGAGCAGCAAAAUGUUCAUGUUACAACAUUUGAAAAACUCUUAUCGAAAUCAUCAGCCCAAGUUACAAUGAAUAAUACACAUGUAAUUUAUAUGCUAAAAAUACCUCAAUUAUCAUCAGAAACAUAUGAAUAUGAAUUCAUAGACUCUUUGGUACAAAAUCAAAAAAGGGUACAUCUUUAUUCAAAUCACAUUCUCUACAAUUCAACAAAAAUAUAUGAAAUCAGCAAUGAAUGUACACAAGAUGAAACUCUCUAUAUUUGUGAUACCAAAAUCCUAAAAACUCCAAGUCAAUGCAUCCGCAAUCUCAUCAGGAUACAGCACGCCAACUGUACAUAUGAAAAAGUGUAUACAACUGGAAACAUCAAACACAUAGAUGAAGCAACUCUUUUACUCAAUGAUGUAAAUGUUAGUUUACACUCAAAUUGUACUAACAAUACUCAGAGGUUAAAAGGAUCUUAUAUAAUUCAAUUCGAACAUUGUGAAUUAUAUUUGGAUAAUAAUUUAUACCGCAACUCUAUCAUCAACC